AUGAUUCUCCUCAACCUCCAACAGCUGGGCAUGGCGAGCGCACUGGAAACUCUAUGCGGGCAGGCCUUCGGAGCCAAGAAAUACCACAUGCUCGGGACCUACAUGCAACGUUCGUGGAUCGUAUUAUUCGCAUGCGCCACCCUCCUCCUCCCGCCGCCGGGGCUCGCGGCGGCAGCCGGAAAACUCUCCGUCUGGUUCAUUCCCGUUCACUAUUCCUUCGUCUUCAUCCUCCCGCUGCAGAGGUUCUUACAGUGCCAGCUGAGGAACGCGGUCCACGCCGUCGUUUCGGCUGUGGUGGUGGUCGUUCAUCUGAUUGCCACGUGGCUUUUUGUGUACCGUUGCGGAUAUGGGCUGUUUGGUGCGGCGAUGAUUUUGAAUUUCUCGUGGUGGUUGGGGGUGGUGCUGCUCAUGGGAUUCGUGAUUUGCGGUGGGUGCGGGGAGACUUGGAUGGGGUUUUCUAUGCGGGCUUUUGAUGGCCUGUGGGAGUUCUUGAAGCUUUCCGCGGCUUCAGGAGUUAUGCUAUGCUUGGAGAACUGGUACUAUAGAAUACUGAUAGUGCUUGCUGGAAACAUAAAGAAUGCUGCAAUUGCAGUGGAUGCCCUCUCCAUAUGCAUCAGUAUUAAUGGGUGGGAGUUGAUGAUUCCUCUUGCAUUCUUCGCUGCAACCGGGGUGAGGGUAGCGAACGAGCUCGGAGCAAACAACAGUAGAGGAGCCAGGUUCGCAACCAUCAACGCCGUGAUCACCUCAAGCAUCAUCGGAGUUUUCUUCUCUGUAUUGGUCGUUGCACUCCAUAACAAAGUCGCUUACAUCUUCACCAUCAGCGACGUCGUCAUCCGCGCCGUCGACAAUCUUUCUCUCCUGCUGGCUCUCACCAUUCUUCUUAACAGCGUUCAACCCAUUCUUUCAGGUGUUGCAGUUGGGUCAGGGUGGCAAUCAAUUGUGGCAUAUGUUAACAUUGGAUCAUAUUAUUUGAUUGGGAUUCCUCUUGGGAUACUCAUGGGAUGGCUUCUCCAUCUUGGUGUUUUGGGAAUAUGGGCUGGCAUGAUUGGAGGAACGGCUAUUCAGACACUGAUAUUGGCCAUCAUGACCAUCAAAUGUGAUUGGGAUAAGGAGGUGAGAAUUUUGGAUUUUUUUUUUUUAAGAAAAGGAAGUCGUAGGUCUGCUCCCGAAGAUGUAGGCAUCUUUGCCGAACCUCGUAAAUUUGUGUUUGUUCUCCUGUAUUAG